AUGGCGAACCUCUUCCGUCGCAUCUACGACUGGCUGCUCCGCCUAUUCUGGGCGACUGAGAUGGACAUCACCAUGAUAGGACUGCAAAACGCUGGCAAGACGUCGCUGUUGAGGGUUCUGGCGGGCGGAGAGUUCACUGUUGACUCCAUCCCCACCGUUGGCUUCAACAUGAAGCGUGUGCAGAAAGGCCAUGUCACUUUGAAGUGUUGGGACCUGGGAGGCCAGCCUAGGUUUCGUUCCAUGUGGGAGCGGUACUGCCGCGGGGUAAAUGCCAUUGUGUACGUGUGGUUCAUCGUCGACUCGGCUGACAAAGAGGCCUUGCCCGUUGCUGGCGAGGAGCUCAAGCUGCUGCUGGAAAAGCCGGCUCUGGAGGGAAUCCCGCUCCUUGUCUUGGGCAACAAGUCGGACUUGCCUAACAAGCUUUCGGUGGAUGAGCUGAUUGAGGCGUUGGACCUCAAGUCAGUGUCGCACCGCGAAGUGAGCUGCUACGGCAUCAGCGCAAAGGAAGAGACGAAUCUGGACGCUGUGUUGCAGUGGCUGAUUGCUCGGGCCAGCAAAUGA